GAAGGAAACGGUUCGAAGAAAAUUAUCGAGGAAGGCGAGAAGUAAGAAAAAAAUACCAAUCACGCACGUCAGGCGGCUGCAGUACGGGUAGCAAAGCCGAAUUGUGCAAUUGUGUGGCGAAAGAAGCUCGAACAUAGGGGCUUAUGCGUGUGCAUCAUAGAUUCCUGCUGCAAAAGUGGAAUAAUUCCAAUGUGUGCUGUGAUAGCAAUUGCUCUUCAAGUUGGGUGGUGAGAGCGGCGCUUCUUCCUCAUCUUCGCGGUGUUCCUGCACGAUUGUCUUGUUGUUUUUGCGUUGCAUUCAUCAAACGCCAUUGACCCCCUCGGUGUGUGAGGCGGAAGCUGUAUGACCUGCGAGCAACGACGUAAAAGCAGAACUACACAGUGAAAAAAGUGUGGUGCUGUGAAAGGGUGAAAAAUAGCUUCCGCAGCAAAGUGCUUCAUAGUGUGUUGGUGGUGCAAAGCUGAAGGAAUAAUAUCAUCACCAAAUAUCCUCAGCCACAGCCAUGGCGCAACAGAACAAGUAUCCUGAGAUGCGUGCCCCGAAAACGCACAUACUAUCUGUCGACGCAGAGGAGUUCAUACCGAAGGCUAAGCACGGGGCGUACCAGCCAACUCAACCCCAGGAUGGUGGACAGUAUCAGCCCCAGAUGGGAAUGCAUCAACCGCCGGCGGCAUCACACGUCCAUCAACGGUUUGCAAUGGCACAGGGCGGUGGUGAUGGCAGUGGUGGUGGUGGUGGCGGCGGCGGCGGCGGCGGCGGCGGAUACGAUUACGCCACGCAUCAUCUUGCCGGCAGCAGUAGUAACGGACCGGCAAUGAUGGCCAACGGAACCGCUGGGCCCGGGAUGUCGUUGCAGAACCGGUUAAGCAAUAUGCAGCUUGUGGACGGUGGUGAUAAUGGGAAGGAGUUCAAUCACCAUCACCACCAGCAGCAGCAGCAGCAGCCAAUGCACCAUCACCAUCAUCAGCAGCACCGUGGUCAGCAACAUCAUGGCUACCACCAUCACCAUCAGCAGCAGCAUCAAGGUUACGGUGGUGGUCCGUACGGCGGCUACCAGAACAACCAUCAUGGGCCGCAGCAGGGCGGCAUGGGCGGAGGUGAUCACCGAAAGUACAACAAUGGUGGGCAGCACCAGCACCAGCAAAACCACCACCAUCGCUCCCGGCAGCAGCACCAUCAUCAGCAACACCAUCACCAGCAACAGCAGCAGCAGCAGCAUCAUCCGUAUGGUGGAAAUCAUCACCACGAUUAUAUGGAUGGUGGAGGGCCUGCGGCGGCGGCCGGUGGUUACAACAGUAUGAUGGCUGCGAACUGGGAUUCCAACUUUCAGGAAGACAAUGAACAGCUAUCGUACAGACAAACGCAAGCGAUGGACUACGUGACCAGCGUGAUUGCGGAACUGUUCGACAAUCCAGGGCUGUUUGAUGAUUCGGUGAAGGUGAAGCUGCCGAAAAAGUUGGGCGAUCUGAGCCAGGAUCACUACGUGCUGAGCAGCACAAUCGAGAUGAUUUUCGAGCAGUCAAUCAAGGAAUCCAACUUCCGCUACAUGGGAGCGCGUCUGUGUAAACUGCUGGACAGUUUGAGCAAUGGGCCGAACCUGGUGCUGCGGGAGCUGUUGCUGCUCAAGAUGCAGGACCAGAGCGGUGAGCUGCCGCAGUUCAUGAAGAACGAGCAGGUGAAGGUGCGGGGCGCUACACUCUUCCUGGCCGAGCUGUACAUGCAGCUGCGCGAUCCGCAGGAACCGUUCGGCAAAACGAUCUCGGAGCACAUCAUAAACGCGAUCGAAAUACUGCUCGUCAAGAAAGGACCGGAAAACACGAAAUGUGUCUGCCAAUGCUUGAAGCUCUGCGGGUACGAACUGGAACAAGACUGUCCGGAGAAGGUGGAUGCAAUCCUGUCGAAGCUCGAAAACCAGACCGACGUCCAGUCGUCAACGGAGGCGAUGAUCCGUUCGGUGUCUGCGCUGCGCAAGAAUGCCUGGGGCCGCACCGAGGAACCGUCCUCCGGUUCAGCGAUGCCGAACCCGGCCGACGCCAUGCUGAUGGGCGGCGGUGGUGGUGUUGGUUCGGGCUUGGCCCAAAACAAUCCCGUCUUCUAUGGGCCCGACGGUAAGGUGCUGACGGAGGAGGAACACUCGUUCCUGUUGACCAACGUAACAUCCAAACAGCCCUCGAAUGCGUACUUUGAUUACGACGAUGAUGAUGAGUGCGGGCUGGUCGAUCCGAACGAAGAUCUGGAGCUACAGGAAGCGUACGAGGACUUCAUCCAGAGCUGUGGCCAAAAUCAGCAGCAGCAGCAACAGCACCGGCCAAACGUGUAAAAACGGGAAGAAACUUUUGUUUACUUCUCCCGCGGUUCUUAUACACAGUCUCACCCUGUGGUCGUGCUUGAUUUCGGUUCCGGUUCAUCACCAAAACAAACAAACAAACAAACAAACAAAAAAGAAAAGCAAACGGAAGGACAAGAAGAGAAAACGUGCAGUAGUAGUAGCACAGUAAGGGAAGGUGUUUGCUAUCCAGCUAUAUACAAACCUCCUACACUUAUACAUUCAAACUUGUCGAUAGCAUAGAAGUGGUGAAAACAAAUGAAGAAGAAGGAGAAGAAGAAAACUUAAAAAAACGAUGAAACCACAUUAGCAAACAAAAACAAAAACAACAAAAAAGCAUAAAGCGAAAAGCAAAUAAGAAGAAGAAGAAGAAGAAGAAGAAGGAAAAGAAAACUCCAGAGGACAACUUAGCAAUAGAGAGGAGAGAGUAAGCAAAUAGUAGCAUACAAAUAACAAAACAGUGAAAAGGUAAAAAUUGUGCAAAAAAAA